CUGUGCACAGAUGUGCUUCAUCAACAACGUGGCGCGGCUACAGCUGCGGUGGAUUUUCUCUGCAGCUCAGUGUUUUUUUUUCUACUCGAAACCAUGCAGCGACGCUACGCAGAGGAGCCUCCUACAGGCGGGACCGUAAGAUUGUGUGCGAAUUGCUGGGCUGUGUAGUCUGGUGUGUGUGUCAUUGCAGCGGUUGUGAGAAACGGACUCUUGACUUCAGCGACUGGGACCAGAACGCAUUGCCCUUUCGCGCCGUUCACUUUGAGUGUAACUCUUGCAGAAGUGACCACUCGUCUAAACGUCAACCUCGUGUUGAUAUUGUUCCACGUGAAUGUGGAUUUUGACCGAUUUCUGUUCUCACUGCGAUGGACGCUGGUUUCAUGCCACUUGUGGCGCGUGUUAAUGUGAAGAAGCUUUGGUUCUAAAGCACAGGACUGCAGGGGCUGCCUGUCAACACCAUCACUCGGACACCCUGCCACUCAUUCUUGUGUCCAAAAUCCUCAUCCACACGCUGGCUGUCGCUGGUGUACAGUGCUCUGCGAAGCUGUCUCAAAGUUUGAAGGCGUAGCGUUGAGGCGGUGGACCUAUUUUGGGAGAGGACUGGAAACUGAAAAAGGGGAAGAUGGAGUCUGUGACUCUGGAACAGUCUGCCACCGUGGACGACCUGGUGGAUGCAUGCAUACAAGCCUUCGAUGAGCUGGGGGCUCUGAAGGACUCGUCUGUGGUGCGCAUGUUUCUGAUGAUGCACCCUUGGUACCUGCCCUCCACUGAGCUGGCCAACAAACUACUGCUCAAAUCGCAGGAGGAGGGCUGCACAGACGACGUCAGGUCCAGGAUCUGCCAUCUCGUGAAGUACUGGAUCUCUGAGUUCCCAGUGGAGUUUAAUCUGAACCAUGAGCUGGCCGACCAGAUCAAAGACCUUAGGGAGCUCCUCCACACUGAAGGGAACGAGCAACAGAGCCAGCUCAUCGAUGUGGAGAGUGUGCCCUCAUACAAGUGGAAGCGCCAGGUGACCCAGCGAGUGCCCUCCAUGUCCAAGAAGAGGAAGAUGUCUCUGCUGUUCGACCACCUGGACUCGUGUGAAUUAGCUGAGCAUCUUACCUACCUGGAGUACAAGUCCUUCUGCAAGAUAAUGUUUCAAGACUACCACAGCUUUGUGAUGCACGGCUGCACGGUGGACAACCCCAUCCUGGAGCGCUUCAUCACCCUCUUCAACAGCGUCUCCCAGUGGAUCCAGCUGAUGGUGCUGAGCAAGCCCACCGCCCCCCAGAGAGCAGCCGUCAUCGCACACUUCGUAAAGGUCGCACAGAAGCUGUUACAGCUGCAGAACUUCAACACACUGAUGGCAGUGGUGGGCGGUCUGAGCAACAGCUCCAUCUCCAGGCUCAAGGACACACAGGCCCACAUCAGCACCGAAACCAACAAGAUCUUUAACAGUCUGAUUGAGCUGGUGUCCUCGUGUGGGAACUAUAACCAGUAUCGCCGGCGGUUCUCCGAUUGUUCUGGGUUCCGGUUCCCCAUCUUGGGUGUGCACCUGAAGGACUUGAUUGCGGUGCACGUGGCCCUGACGGACUGGGCUGACCGGGAGAAGACCCGAGUGAACCUGAACAAAAUCCACCAGCUUUACAGCAUCCUGCAGGUGCUGGCUCACAUCCAGACCAACCCCCCCACCAUAGAGGCCAACAUGGACCUGCUCAACCUGCUAACGGUGUCUCUUGACCAGUACCACACAGAGGAGGAGAUCUAUCAGAUGUCUCUUCAGCGAGAGCCUCGCAAAGCGUCGAACGCCGGCGCAACGCCCAGCCCUGCGCCAAAGCCCUCCAUGAUAGACGAGUGGGCUGCUUCGGUGAAGCCCAAAGCCGACCCCGCCAUCAUCACCAAACACAUCGAGAAGAUGGUGGACUCUGUGUUCAAGAACUUCGACACGGAUGGAGACGGCUACAUCUCCCAGGAGGAGUUUGAGAUCAUCAGGAACAACUUCCCUUACCUGAGCAAAUUUGGAGAGUUGGACAAGAACCAGGAUGGGAAGAUCAGUCGUGAAGAGAUGAUUGAUUACUUCAUGAAAGCCAGCUCUCUGCUCAACUGUAAGAUGGGCUUUAUCCACAGCUUCACUGACACCACCUACGUCAAGCCCACCUUCUGUGAGCACUGUGCAGGCUUUAUAUGGGGUUUCUACAAGCAAGGCUGUAAGUGCAAAGUGUGUGGGGUGAACUGCCAUAAGGCGUGCCGCGCUCGGCUUGCGGUGGAAUGCCGUAAGAGGACCAAGAGCAUUAGCCACGAGACUCCGCCCUCCCUGCAGGCCAGGUCCUACAGCUUCCCACCGCCGUCUAACGCACCAGUCAACCUACAGAACACAGUUAUCGCUGAAGAGGACAUUGAGGCAGUGGAGGAGGGUGUGUUUGAUGUCCAUCUAUAACCAGAAAUAUGCCUGUGGCAUUCUGCCCAGAACAAGAGGAGUACAAUCUCAUAACUUAGGCCAGAAAAGAAAAUAUGUAUAUACACAUUCUUCAGCCUGCCAACAACUUAGCUGAUGCUAGUUUGGAAACACUUUGGUGCUUGGUGUUGAAGACAGCCACCAAAGAAGUCCACUGAGGGCAGCCCAGAACACCCACACGUUGCCAUCUGGUGGACGAUGACUGUAACUACAUAUGGACUUCCUCUGUCUCCAGCUCAGCUGGUAUCUCUUCCCUUCUUGAAUGUGAAAAUGAAUGACUUUGUAUUUGUAUUUGUCAUGCGGAUACCUUUGUAUUUAAGUGUAUUUAAUUAUGUGGACAGAUACUGUAUUGCUGUGAAUGCUAUUUGCUGUUUUGACAUUUUUAGACCCUACCUAUCCAGACAACAGAAGGCUAUGGCUUACUCUGCUGGUGAGGAAGUUGUGUAACUUUGUGUGCUAUUUUCAGUACAAACUUUUUUGAAUAUUCUCCAAGACUUCCAUGGUGCUGUGUCGUGUUGUGCCAAGGAUGGAACGGGGGUGUAGCGCUAUCUGACUCCCAUCUAUUUCAGCUCCCAUUCUAGUGGACUAGUGCGUCAACAUUUGGUGGACUGUAAAUAUGAUGGAUUUAAGGAGAAAGUGUGUGUGUGUGUAUGUGUGUGUGUGUGUGUGACCGAGAGAGCGAGAUAGGGGGCAGUAUUUGUGCUGUGCCAAUAACAAACCGCAUCAUAAGGGUUGUAAUUUACAGACCUGUAUUAUCAUGAACUCAAGUGUGACCCGUCCGACAUCUUUAGUGAGAAGCAGUGUGUUCAGUGGAGCAAAUUAUGGCAUGACAUCACGAUGUACCUCAAACAGUGUCAUGACAUCACGAGUCAUAGAUGUACCUAAAAGAGUGUCAUGACAGCACGAGUCAUAGAUGUACCUAAAAGAGUGUUAUGACAUCAUGAGUCAUAGAUGUACCUAAAAGAGUGUCAUGACAUCACGAGUCAUAGAUGUACCUAAAAGAGUGUCAUGACAUCACGAGUCAUAGAUGUACCUAAAAGAGUGUCAUGCCAAAAGCGUGAGGUUUGGCCGCCCUGAAUGCAGCAUCAGUCUUCUAUACAAGCCUCAACAGACCUCGCCACCCAUACAAUACCAACAGAAAGACACAAGCUUUUUAUAAUCUUGCCACAUCUCACAUAUUUGCAAGCUUAGUUAUGUUUAUUGUUUAUAACUGGGUCGAUUUGUUUGUGCUGCGCUGCCUGUUUUAUGAUGAAGUUUUAACUCUGAACUGAAAUAUGUCAGCUCAUAAUUUGUUUGAGAUUUACUCCAAAUAUUUAAUAUUGUUCUGAGAAUUUGAAUUCCUCUACUCUGUUCUUGUAGAAGUAUCUGUGUCAAUGCAUGUACUGGUUGAACUAUCACUACUGUAUCUGAUGUGCACUGAUGCUUAUUCGGCCAAACCUUUUUUUUUUUUUUUAUAUAUAUAUAUAUAUAUUUGUAUAACCAUUUAUUUAAGGGAACGGUUGUGACUAAAAUGUAUGUCACCUUUUUUUUGUUUGUCCCAGAAUGUUAUAAACAAAUCUAAUCACAUAUCACUGCUACCUUGUAUGCUGUUUCAGGAAGUAAACGCAUCAAAUAAACCCAUUCAGAGCA